AAUAAAUAAUUGCGAAUCGGCGUACAUUGUCAGAUGUCUACCACGCCCAAGUGUCGGGUGUGCAUUUGCCCAUUGAAUGCACCCGCUGUCAGCUAUGAUAUGCGUAAGCUGGCCAAACUGGCGCACAAGUUCGUCACAUGCACAGAUCUGUCCAUCGAUGGGGAUGCUCGUCUGCCAAGUGAAUUGUGCCAAUCUUGCCACGACCAGUUGGAGCAUCUAUAUGCAUUUCGUGCCCGGUGCAUUGCUGCCGACACAAAGUGGCGCAUGGAAAUAUUAGCAUUUUGCGAUGAAGAGGAGCCUAUUAAGGAUGCUGAGGAGCAGCCAACGCAGCUCCCAGAAAGGGAGGAAAAUAUAAAUCCUCCAUGCGACAUGGAACAGAUAUCCAAUAUUGAGGAACAAGUGGCAUCAGCUGUACAGCAUAACGAAGCCAGUUUGGAACGGGUUUCCGAACCGACAUUCAAUUCACAGGAACAGCCAAAAGCCAUAUACAAAUGCGAUAUUUGUGCAACGCAGUUCUUGGAGCAGCAUCGCCUGCAGGCGCACAAGCGUCAACAUGGUCUGAUGCCAUAUCCCUGCCCCGAGCCUGGCUGUGAUCGCGGCUAUAGCCACAAAAAUACACUCAGCGUCCAUAUGCGAAAGUGCCACAAGCUGGGUAAGGAGCACAAGUCGCAUGUCUGCGAGUUCUGUGGCAAGACAUUUGACACUCUCUGGCGGCUUAAGAAUCAUCGCUUCACCCACAAGGAAAAAUCGGAGCUGCCGUUUAUGUGUGAAGAUUCCAGCUGUGGACAACGCUUCUCCAGCAAACAACUGCUCAAGGUACACAUGAUGCGCCAUGCGGGCAUCAAAAACUAUAGCUGCACCUAUUGUGGCGUGCAGAAGACGACGCGAACGGAACUGAAGAUUCACCUCAACUAUCAUACGCUGGAGCGCACCUAUUGCUGCCGCAUCUGCUCGAAGGUGUGCAACAGUUCCAGCAAUCUCAACCUGCAUAUGCGCAGCGUGCACGAGAAAGACCGUUCUCGAAUCUACAACUGCAGUUAUUGCGAGCGCACCUUCAACCAGCCGUUCCUACGCAAGCAGCACGAGCUCAUCCACACCGGUGAGAAGCCUCACGAGUGCUCCGAUUGUGGCAGACACUUCCGGCAAAAGGGAGCACUGCGCACGCAUCGCAAGAUUCAUGAGCGAGAGAGCAAUGAGACGAGUUCCAGCUCGGCCACAUCGUUAUCCGCUCCAAAUAAGACAGAAACAGGAACAGGGACAGAUGUGGGUGUUAGUAGCAAUGAUUAUGUAUCAGGAACUGUGGUAAAUGGUUAUGUGUAAAUUAUUCACUCAAAAUUAUGUCGAAUUUAGAUGCAAAUGUAAUUAAUCGAAUUAAAUAUGCAGUAACUUAAGCUAAUCAUUAGCCAAGUAUUACUUAAG